CCCGCCGCCCAGAUAGCGGGCCCGCCGUCGGCCGCCCGGACCCCGCCGUCCCUUCCUCGGAGCGCAGGGGCCCUUCCAUGAGGACCGAGGCCGGAGCCGCCGCCGCCGACAGCCCGCGACAGCCCGCGACAGCCGCCCGACAUGACAUCGGCCACCGAGUUGGAAAGCCCGGGCGUCCCGCAGCAGUACGGCCGGAUCAACGCCCGCUGGGACGAGGCCCCCGACGAGCUGGACAACGACAACAGCUCUGCCCGCCUCUUCGAGCGCUCCCGGAUCAAGGCCUUAGCGGAUGAGCGGGAGGUUGUACAGAAGAAGACCUUCACAAAAUGGGUGAACUCCCAUCUGGCCCGAGUAUCCUGUCGCAUCUCCGACCUCUACAAAGACCUGCGGGAUGGGCGGAUGCUGAUCAAGCUGCUGGAAGUGCUCUCGGGAGAGAUGCUGCCAAAGCCCACGAAGGGAAAGAUGCGCAUCCACUGUCUGGAGAAUGUGGACAAAGCACUUCAGUUUCUCAAGGAACAACGAGUUCACCUGGAGAACAUGGGAUCCCACGACAUCGUAGACGGCAACCACCGUCUGGUUCUGGGCCUCAUCUGGACAAUCAUCCUCCGCUUCCAGAUCCAAGAUAUUGUGGUCCAAACCCAAGAAGGUCGGGAGACUCGCUCAGCCAAGGAUGCGCUGCUGCUGUGGUGUCAGAUGAAGACAGCAGGUUAUCCCAACGUCAAUGUCAACAACUUCACCUCCAGCUGGAAGGAUGGUCUGGCUUUUAAUGCCCUGAUACACAAGCACAGGCCAGACCUGAUUGACUUUGAGAAACUGAAGCACUCCAAUGCCCGGCACAACCUGGAACAUGCAUUCAACGUGGCGGAGAGGCAAUUGGGCAUUAUCCCGCUCCUCGAUCCAGAAGAUGUCUUCACGGAAAACCCCGAUGAGAAAUCCAUCAUCACCUACGUGGUGGCAUUUUACCACUAUUUCUCGAAGAUGAAGGUGCUGGCUGUGGAGGGCAAACGAGUUGGCAAGGUGAUUGACCAUGCCAUGGAGACUGAGAAGAUGAUUGACAAGUACAGUGGGUUGGCCUCGGACCUGCUCACCUGGAUCGAACAGACCAUCGCCGUCCUCAACAGCCGCAAGUUUGCCAACUCGCUGGAUGGGGUGCAGCGGCAGCUGCAGACUUUUAGCUCCUACCGCACCGUGGAGAAGCCACCAAAGUUUCAGGAGAAGGGGAAUCUGGAAGUCCUGCUUUUCACCAUCCAGUCCAGGAUGCGAGCCAACAAUCAGAAAGUAUACACUCCCCACGAAGGGAAGCUCGUGUCUGACAUCAACCGGGCCUGGGAAAGCUUAGAGGAAGCAGAGUACCGUCGGGAACUUGCCCUAAGGAAUGAGCUCAUUCGACAGGAAAAGCUGGAGCAGCUGGCCCGGCGUUUCGAUCGCAAGGCUGCCAUGAGAGAGACCUGGCUCAGUGAAAACCAGCGGCUGGUUGCCCAGGAUAACUUUGGCUGUGACCUGGCAGCUGUGGAGGCCGCCAAGAAGAAGCACGAAGCCAUCGAGACCGACACGGCGGCCUACGAGGAGCGGGUGAAGGCCCUGGAGAAGCUGGCCCAGGAGCUGGAGCAGGAGAACUACCACGAUGUGAAGCGCAUCAAAGCCCACAAGGAUAACAUCCUGCGUAUGUGGGCCUACCUGCUGGAGCUGCUGCAGGCCCGGCGUCACAGGCUGGAGCUGACCCUGGCCUUGCAGAAACUCUUCCAGGACAUGUUGCAUAGCAUUGACUGGAUGGACGAGCUCAAGAUUCACCUUCUGUCCUCUGAGUAUGGGAAGCACUUGCUGGAGGUGGAAGACCUGAUCCAGAAGCAUAAGCUGCUAGAGGCUGACAUCAGCAUCCAGGCUGAUAAAGUGAGGUCCAUUGGAGAGGCGGCCCUUCAAUUUGCCAGCGGAAAAGAUUACCAGCCCUGUGACCCGCAGGUGAUCGAGGACCGGGUCAAGCACCUGGAGCUCUGUUUCGGAGAGCUGAGCUCCAUGGCGGCAGGGAGAAAGGCCCGCCUGGAGCAGUCCAAGCGGCUGUGGAAGUUCAUCUGGGAGAUGGACGAGGCCGAGAGCUGGAUCAAAGAGAAGGAGCAGAUCUACUCGUCUCUGGACUACGGCAAGGACCUGACCAGCGUGCUCAUCCUGCAGCGCAAGCACAAGGCCUUUGAGGACGAGCUGCGGGGGCUGGAGGCCCACCUGGAGCAGGCUAUCCACGAGGCAGAGGGCAUGGUGGUCCGCAAGCACUUCGGGCACCCCCAGAUCGAGGCCCGCAUCCAGGCCGUGUCCGUCCUGUGGAGCCAGCUGCAGGAGCUGGCUGCCUUCCGCAAGAAGAACCUGCAGGACGCAGAGAACUUUUUCCAGUUCCAGGGAGAUGCUGACGAACUGCAGACGUGGCUGCGGGAUGCCCUGCGUUUGCUAUCCGGGGAAGAUGUCGGCCAAGAUGAGGGAGCGACGCGGGCCCUGGGGAAGAAGCACAAAGACUUUCUGGAGGAGCUGGAGGAGAGCCGGGGGGUGCUGGAGCACCUGGAGCAGCAGGCCCAAGGCUUUCCGCAGGAGUUCCAGGAUGCCCCGGAAGUGGGUAGCCGGCUGACUGCCAUCCGAGAGCUCUAUCAGCAGGUGCUGGCCCAGGCUGACCUGCGUCGGCAGAGGCUGCAGGACGCCCUGGGUCUUUACACGGUCUUCGGAGAGACCGAUGCCUGCGAACUGUGGAUGAGCGAGAAGGAAAAGUGGCUGGAGCAGAUGGACCUCCCGGACACCCUGGAGGACCUAGAGGUUGUCCAGCACAGAUUUGACAUCCUGGACCAGGAAAUGAAGACUCUGAUGGUUCAAAUUGAUGGAGUGAACCAGGCGGCCAACAGCCUGGUAGACAGUGGCCACCCCCGCAGUAAAGAAGUGAAGAAGUGCCAGGAUCAUCUGAACGACAGGUGGCAGAAAUUCCAGGCCUUGGUGUUGGAACGGAGGAAGGCAGUAGACUCGGCCCUGAGUGUGCACAACUACUGUGUGGACUGUGAAGAGACCGGCAAGUGGAUCCUGGAUAAGACGAAAGUGGUGGAGUCCACCCAGGACCUGGGCCGGGAUCUGGCCGGCGUGAUCGCCAUCCAGCGGAAGCUGUACGGGCUGAGCCGCGACGUCACGGCCAUCCGAGGCCGGAUGGGUGCCCUUACUCAGGAAUCCCAGCGGCUGGUCGAGGAGCACCCUGAGCUGGAGGAGGACAUCACAAAGCGGCAGAACUACAUUGAAAAUCUGUGGAAGGGACUGCAGGAGGCUUUGAAGGGCCAGGAAGCCUCUCUAGGGGAAGCUAGCCAGUUGCAGCAGUUCCUCCAGGACCUAGACGACUUCCAGGCCUGGCUGUUCACAGCCCAGAAGACGGUGGCCUCGGAAGAUGCCCCCGAGUCCCUGCCCGAGGCCGAGCAGCUCCUCCAGCAACACGCCACCAUCAGAGAGGAGAUUGACGGGCACCUGGAGGACUACCAGAAAGUCAAGGCCGCCGGCGAGAGGGUGACCCAAGGCCAGAGUGACCCUGAAUACCUACUGCUGGGUCAGCGCCUCGAGGGUGUGGACAUAGGCUGGGAAGCCCUGGGCAAGAUGUGGGAGAACCGGGGCCAUUUUCUCAAACAGUGCCUUGGCUUCCAGGAGUUCCAGAAGGAUGCCAAACAGGCGGAAGCCAUCCUGAGCAACCAGGAAUACACCCUGGCUCACCUGGAGCCUCCGGACUCUCUGGAAGCCGCCGAAGCUGGAAUCCGGAAGUUUGAGGACUUCCUGGCUACUAUGAAGUCCAACAACACGAAGAUCCUGGGUGCCGUGGACUCUGGGAAUGAACUCCUGGCUGAGGGAAACAUCUAUUCGGACAAGAUCGGGGAGAAGGUGCAGCAGAUUGAGGACAGGCACAAAAGAAACAAUGAGAGGUCCCAGGAGGUUGAGCAUCUCCUGAAGGACAACCUGGAUCUGCAAAACUUUCUACAAAACUGCCAGGAGCUCACCCUCUGGAUCAAUGACAAGCUGCUGACCUCUCAGGACGUGUCCUACGAUGAUUCGCAGAACUUACACAACAAGUGGCUGAAGCACCAGGCGUUCAUGGCAGAGCUGGCUUCUAAUCAGGCGUGGCUAGAGAAAGUCGAUGAGGAAGGGAAGCAAUUGAUAGAGCAGAAGCCUCAAUUUGCGGCGGUGGUGACGCCAAGAUUGGACAUGCUGCAUAGGCUCUGGGACGAGCUGCAGAGCACCUCACAGGAGAAGGCCCAGCGCCUUUUUGACGCCAACCGCUCGGACCUGCACGCCCAGACCUACGCGGACCUGAACAAGUGGAUCAGCGAAAUGGAGGAGCAGCUGCGCUCGGACGACCAGGGCAAAGACCUGACCACUGUCAACCGGAUGCUGGCCAAGCUGAAGAGAGUCGAGGAUCAGGUGAAUGUGCGCAAGAAGGAGUUGGGGGAACUGCUGUCCCUGGGCUCUGCACUGGGGGACGAGGAGGAGAGAGAAGAACCGAGCAUAGAGAGGCGCUUUCUGGACCUUCUGGAGCCCCUGGAGAAGAGAAGGAAGGAGCUGCAGUCAUCCAAAGCCAAGCUCCAGAUCAACCGCGAUCUAGAGGAUGAGACGCUCUGGGUGGACGAGAGGUUGCCCCUUGCUCAGUCCACUGACUAUGGCACCAACCUGCAGACCGUGCAGCUGCUUAUGAAGAAAAACCAGACGCUCCAGAAUGAGUUAACGGGCCACGCACCACGGAUCGAGGACGUGCUGCAGCGAGGGCAGGAGAUGGUGGCGUCGGCCGACAUUGACUGCAGGGACAUCGAAGAGUGGCUGGGAAGCCUGCAGGGCUCGUGGGACACCCUUCAGGGGGCCACCGCUCAACGGCUGCAGCGCCUGCAGGACGCCAGUGAGGCCCAGCAGUAUUACCUGGAUGCUGGCGAGGCGGAGGCCUGGAUCAGCGAGCAAGAGCUCUACGUCAUCUCGGAUGAGACGCCCCAGGAUGAAGAGAGCGCAAUCGUGAUGCUAAAGAGGCACCUGCGACAGCAGCAGGCAGUGGAAGAGUAUGGGAAGAACAUCAAGCAGCUGGCCGGCAGAGCCCAGUGGCUCCUCUCUGCGGGACACCCUGAAGGGGAACAGAUUAUUCGCCUACAGGGGCAGGUGGACAAGCAGUAUGCAGGGUUGAAGGAGAUGGCUGAGGAGCGCAAACGCAAGCUGGAGAAUAUGUAUCACCUGUUCCAGCUGAAGAGAGAGACAGAUGACUUAGAACAGUGGAUCGCCGAGCGAGAAGUCGUUGCUUCUUCUCCAGAAAUGGGCCAAGAUUUUGACCACGUGACGCUGCUCCGGGACAAGUUCCGGGAUUUUGCCCGGGAGACAGGGGCGAUCGGACAGGAACGGGUGGACCACGUGAACGCGGUCAUCGAGCGGUUGAUCGACGCCGGCCACGCGGAGGCCGCCACCAUCGCCGAGUGGAAGGACGGGCUGAACGAGAGCUGGGCCGACCUGCUGGAGCUCAUCGAUACCCGAAUGCAGCUGCUGGCCGCAUCUUAUGACCUGCACCGCUAUUUCUACACGGGCACCGAGAUCCUCGGCCUCAUCGACGAGAAGCACCGGGAGCUGCCCGAGGACGUGGGGUUGGAUGCCAGCACUGCUGAGUCCUUCCACCGAGUGCACACCGCCUUUGAGCGGGAACUGCAUCUCCUGGGGGUGCAGGUGCAGCAAUUUCAGGACUGGGCCACCCGCCUGCAGACCGCAUAUGCCGGCGAGAAGGCCGAUGCAAUCCAGAACAAGGAGCAAGAGGUGUCGUCCGCGUGGCAGGCCCUGCUUGAUGCUUGUGCAGGGCGCCGGACCCAGCUCGUGGACACCGCGGACAAGUUCCGGUUCUUCAGCAUGGUCCGGGACCUCUUGUCCUGGAUGGAGAGCAUCAUCAGGCAAAUCGAAACACAGGAAAAGCCUAGGGAUGUCUCCUCUGUGGAGUUGCUCAUGAAGUACCACCAGGGCAUCAUGGCCGAGAUCGAAACGCGGAAGAAGAACUUCAGCACUUGCCUAGAGCUGGGAAAUGGGCUGCUUCAGCGGCAGCAUCAGGCUUCUGAAGAGAUCAAAGUAAAGCUGACUCAGGUGACGGAGAGGAGACAGGAGAUGAUGGAAAAGUGGAAUACCCGCUGGAAUCAACUCAGCCUCUUGCUGGAGGUGUGCCAGUUCUCCCGGGACGCCUCGGUGGCAGAAGCGUGGCUAAUCGCCCAAGAACCAUACCUGGCCAGUCGGGACUUUGGGCACACAGUGGAUGGAGUGGAGAAACUCAUGAAGAGACAUGCAGCCUUUGAGAAGUCUACAGCCACCUGGGAGGACCGUUUUGCUGCCUUAGAGAAGCCAACUACGCUUGAGCUCCUAAAAGAACGUCAGACUCCAGAAGGGCCCAGAGAAGAGAGUGGGCCUCAGGAGGAGGAAGGCGAGACAGCGGGGGAGCCUCCGCGAGGUUCCCAUCGUACUACUACCGAGAGAACAUCACCGACCCAGGAAGACGGGAUCUUACAGCCCAGGGACCGGGAGGAAGAGGAGAAAAUAGGGGAGGGCGGGAAGCUGGCCGAGGAGCCGCCGCCGUUCCAAGCCUUGGACACGCCGGUGAGCGACAUUGAGGAGACGGCCACCAUGCCUGCCCAGCUGGACCGCUGCCUCGGUGUGCAGAUGGAGGGCUACCUGGGCCGCAAGCAUGACCUGGAGGGACCCAACAAGAAGGCAUCCAACAGGUCCUGGAGCAACUUGUACUGUGUGCUGAGGCAUGGUGAGCUGACCUUCUACAAGGAUGCCAAGAACCUGGCCCUGGGCAUGCCCUACCAUGGGGAGGGGCCCCUCGUCCUGCGCCAUGCCAUCUGCGAGGUGGCCGCUGACUACAAGAAGAAGAAACACGUCUUCAAGCUGAGGUUGAGCAGUGGCAGCCAAUGGCUCUUCCAUGGCAAGGAUGAGGAGGAGAUGCUCUCCUGGCUGCAGGGCAUCAGCGCGGCCAUCACGGAGGCCCAGAGCAUCCGCACCAAGGCCCAGAGCCUGCCCCUGGCCUCCAUUGCCGGCACUGACGGGAGCCUCACUAAGAAGGACAAAGAGAAGAGGUUCAGCUUUUUCCCCAAAAAGAAGUAGCCCCAGACCUUCCUCUCCCCCCGGCCAGGGGACACUCACGGGGCUUGAAUUACAUCUGUUCAGCUGAGGCUGCUCAGCGCAGGGUCCCCAGCCCAACCCUGAUCCACAGCCCCACUCCGCCCAAGCAGGACACUCACUCACUCACAAGCUUUACCUCAGCCUCGGCCAGCUGAUCACUGACCAGCCGUCCUCAUCCCUCCCCGUUCACCCUGCUCUGUCCCUCGAGGACCAGAGGCGUCACCUGACCUGCCACAGCCUCGACCCCUCUCCUGGUCUGCAAGGACUGGACUCUGACAGCGUCCUGCCCUUGCUCCGUCCUCCCCUUAAUGACGGCGAGCACCGUGGUACAACUGAGGUACAACUGAAGUACACAGCGAGGUACAAACUAGAUAAUCAGACUGGACACAGUCCCUGUCCCACAGUCUAAGGCGAUAUUUAAUCCCCAUUUUACCGAUGAGGAAAC